AUGGCGCUUCGAGUGUUGGGUCGUCGUGCUGGGCGCGUCGCUUCUGCUUCGUGUCGUCCAGUAGCGACUCGAUACCAGACGCGGUCGUUUGCGAAGGCCAAGAAGAACAAGGACAGCAAGGGCAAAGCCAGUGUCCCUGCAGCUUUUAUGCCGGAUAUUGACGACGAGGGUGACGACGAGGAAGAAGACGAUGUGGAUGAAGAGGAAGAUGGAGGAGCCGCCAGGGCGCUUCGAAAGGCCAAGAAGAACAUGAAGGGCGCUGUGGUCAACUUUACACGAACGCUGAGACAGAUGCGGCCAGGGCGAGCAGACGCCGGCAUCUUUGACGAGCUGCACGUCCAAGCCUAUGGCCAGCACGUCCCUCUGGCUCAAGUGGCCCAGGUGUCGGUCGUCUCGUCACACGCUCUGAGCGUCUCGGUCUAUGACCCAUCGCUUUUGCAGGAUGUGAAGAAAGCUAUCGAAGGCACCAAUCCAGUCUAUUUGGUGCGAGAAGAUGCAAGUGGCCUCGAGAUCUCCUUUCCCAAGAUGUCCAAGGAGACGCGGGCUGAGCUGCUGAAAGCUACCAAAAAGCAGGCAGAGAAGGCCCGACAGCACGUGCGCCGCGUGCGACAAGACGCUAUGAAUCAUGCAAAGAAGCUCAAGGAAACUGUCUCGGAAGAUGCCAUGGAAGUGCAGAAGGAACGCAUCCAGAAGGUGACCGAUGGCGCCAUUGCCGAGAUCGCCAAGAUUCUCGAAGCUAAGGAGAUAGACCUCAACACUGUGUGA